GGGGGGCCGGGGGGCAGGGUGGUGGUGACAGUUGGUCUACCUUCCCUCCAUUUGUGCUCCAUCACUCAAACCUGAUCUGUGUCAUUCUUUAGUCUGCUAUCGAAGUGCCUGACAAGCAUUGUACCCUAACCCUAACCCUAACCCUGGAGAGGCUAGUGAUGGGGCAGAGGUACCAGGCUCGGGCCCGGGUCCGGGCCACUGACUCUUGUCACGGAACCUGGAGCGACUGGAGCCACACUCCAUCCUGGGAGUCUAAGGUUGGCGAGACGCCAACGCCAUCCCCCCCACCUUCAGGGUUCCAGCUGAUUUGGUUCUCCGAAGUUUCUGGGGUUCUAGUGGGAGUAGUUGUCAUGAUCAUUCUGGCCCUCACUUGGCUCUGCAGCACACACAGAACUACCCGGCUUUACAUAGUAAAGAAACUGAUGGGUCCUCCUCUCCCCAACCCCUCCAAGUUCUUCCCUGACUUAAAUUCCGCCCAAGGAGAAGACUUCAAGACAUGGCUGAGCCCCAAGUUUGCCCGCGAAUCCUACCUGGAUGCCUUCCUGCUUCCGGUCCACAUCUCUCCGCUUGAGGUCACCCACACCGUGGACACCGUCUCCCCCCGCAGGCCCCAACCCGAUACUGCAUCACCGGAGGACAAGAAGAAGAAGAAGAAGACAAUGGCCUGUGACCUCAGGUCCUGCUCCAGCUUCUCCAACCAGAGCUACUCCCUCAACCUGCACCUCGCCCUCCCGACCAGCGGGGGCACGCUGGAGCCCUGUGCCGCCGACUCCCCUUACGGACCGUUGGUGGGAAACAGAGAGGAGGAGAGACAGGGGGAUGCUGUGGAGGAGAGCGACGAGGAGGAGGAGGACAGGGGGGAGGAGAGGAAACCAAGCAGGGGUUUAGGUAACGUGGAGGAUACAGAGAGCUCAGGCGAGGGAGGGGAGGGGGAGACAGAGGGGGAGACAGAGGAAGGGGGUGUAGAGGAAGAGAGGGAUGGAGAGAUACGGAGGGAUAGGGAGGAAGAGAGGCUGAUGGGGCUGCUAUUUGGGGGCACCAGUGUCAUCACCGGGGGUAACUCCCUCCAGAUGUCUCCGUCCUACGAGUGCGUGGAGAGGCUCCAGGACCAGCGCUGGCACCUCAAGAGCCCAGAUUCAGGCGUCGGCAGCUGGGGAGAGGAUCAGGAAAGUAGGGAGAGCACGGGGGAUCCAGACGGGCCUGCGUUCGCCGACGCAGGCCGCGGCAGCCAUUUUGGAUCCAACGUUUUCCAGUUUCCAUCGUGCUCCAGCCCUCUACCCACGCCCCUGCCCUGUUUCACCCAGAUUCCCCUCACCCUGCCUGGGCUUGAGAUGGAGCCUGGUCCCUUCACUCUGUGUCCUAUGGACUUGCCAGGCAAGAUACUGGAGGACUUAGCUCUCAUGCCUUCAUCUGGGACCAUAGCGCCCUCUAGUGGUGGCUAUAUGGCAGUGUAAGAGUCAACAAGAUGAGUCAGGUGGCUGAGCGGUUAGGGAAUCGGGCUUGUAAUCAGAAGGUUGCCGGUUCGAUUCUUGCCAUGCAAAUGACGUUGUGUCCUUGAUCAAGGCACUUCACCCAACUUGCUUCGCGGGAAAGUCCCUGUACUUAAUGUAAGUCACUCUGGAUAAGACUGUCUGCUAAAUGUAAAACGUAAAUGUAAACAAGACAUUGUCCACAUUAGCAUACGUAUUUAUUUGAAUAUUGGUACUUGAAUUUAUUACAUGUGUUCAAAUAAACUUAGCAAUAUUAAACGUUGUGUCUCGAGAGACAUACGAAAGCGGAGGAGGGAACGCUGUCCCUCACACAUUUCAAAUAAACCUGAGCUGCUGACCGCUAUUUUUCACUGCUUUUUCUCACUGACAACCUGAAUGUAAUGUCUUUGUUGCACCGUCACUGGAAUAAAAUAAAAAUGUUUAUUUAUCGA